GAACAUAGGAAAAUAAGAACGUAGGUUAGGAGACAUUAGGACCAGGGGGCAGAUUGAAGUCUGAAGUCGUUCACCACCUCUUCCCCAUUUUAGUUGAUCAAUAACUAACUUUACCAGCUUAGUGAACACAUUUUUAGUAUGGAACAGAACUCAUAUCCUCGCAUUUACGUAGAGAGAACCCUGGCUCUCAUUAAACCAGACGCCAUCCACAGAAGUGAGGAGAUCGAAGACGUUAUCCUCAAAUCGGGAUUCUCUGUGUUGCAGAAGCGGAAGCUGCAGCUAAGUCCAGAGCAAUGCAGCGACUUCUACGUAGACCAUUUUGGGAAGUUCUUCUUUCCCAACUUGUCUGCCUUCAUGAGCUCUGGCCCCAUCAUCGCCCUGACGCUGGCCCGCAGCAAUGCUGUUGCCUACUGGAGGAUUCUCAUGGGGCCUCUCAACAGCCCCAAGGCUCGAGAAACUCACCCAGAAAGCCUUAGAGCAAAGUAUGGCACUUGUGACCUGAAGAACGCACUCCAUGGCAGUGAGUCAUUUUAUGCAGCUGAGAGGGAGAUCAAAUUCAUGUUCCCAAACUCUGUUAUUGAGCCCUUUCCUUCGAGAGAAGAAACCGAAGAAUACCUGAGCAAGCAUGUGAAUCCAACUCUGGUUCGAGGGCUCACUCAGCUCUGCAGGCACAAGCCACUCAACCCCUGUGUUUGGCUAGCUGACUGGCUGAUCAAAAACUGUCCCAACAGGCCUCAAAUAUGUGAUGGAGCAGCUGUGGAAGACAGGAAGAAAGGGAAGAAUACAUAACAUCAGAUUGAGUACAUUCUAACAAACGUCUUCAGUCUUUCCCUAAAGAAAUAA